UUCGCAAAGACCGUUAAAUGGCCCGCUAUGAACCACGCGCCACCGCCGGCCGCGUUCCUUCUCUGUUUUUGAAGGCCGAACAUUCUUCGCAGGGGGUCGGUUAUGCCGGCUUAGGCAUCUCCAUAGAACCGUCGCUGCCGACUACAAAGAAGGCCUCGGUUCAUUUGACUUUUCCUACCCCGCUCGGUCGGCGAUUCUUGCGAAUCAUCGUGGGCCAUGACGUCACGACGACACUUUUGCGCCAUCGAGCUCGCCAGGUGUUCUUGCAUUUCAGAAGAUGCGCUCUCGCAACACCCUGGACGAGCUCGGAUCGGGAGUCGACUGUAGAUCAAAUAAUAGAAAUCUCGAUGGAAUUUGGCGAUUUAAAAGGAGCGAAAAGGAAGGAGUUACGAGGAUGAGCACAAUAGUCUUGUGCGAUAACGCCGUGCAUCAGGAGAGAUGUAAAUGAUAUGGAUUUGACGAUAACAACUGUUUGAACAGUAAGAUAACUCUUUAAGCUCCCGUUUGUCCUUACGAGUACGAUCUCGUUUUCUUCGACCGUUUAUCCGU